AUGGCUCUUCUCAUCACAAACCAAGGCCACUCCCUCCGCUUGGCCUCAUUUCUCAUGCUAAUUUUGGCCUUCUGCUCCUCGAAGGCAUUUUGUAGUCGCCAACUUUAUGGCGACAACGAAAUCACGGUUGUCAGGCAUGAGGAGUGGAUGGCUCAACAUGGACGCACUUAUAAUGGUGCACAAGAGAAGGAGAUGCGCCACAACAUAUUCAAGAACAAUGUGGAAUUUGUACAAGCUUUUAACAAAAAUAAGGAGGGAAAAAAGUACACGCUGAGUGUCAAUAAGUUUGCGGACAAAACUAACGAGGAAAUUCGGCCAAUGCGCAACGGCUACAAGAGAAAGCAACGUUCAGGGCUCAUGUCCGACUCUUUGAUAGCAUCUCCUUUUCGAUAUGGAAAUGUCAGUAAUGUGCCAUCUUCUGUGGAUUGGAGAUUGUCUGGCGCUGUGACCGCGGUCAAGAACCAAGGAUAUGAGUGUGGGUGUUGUUGGGCGUUCGCAUCAGUAGCAACUAUAGAAGGGCUUAACAAACUCAAAACAAGAAACUUAAUUCCACUAUCCGAACAAGAGCUAGUUGAUUGUGACACGAGCAGUUACAAUCACGGAUGCAAUGGCGGUAAUUCAAAGGUUGCGUAUGACUACAUGAUCAACCGCAACAGGAGCCUUGCAACUGAAGAUAAUUACCCUUACCAGGCUAAAGAUGGAGGAAUUUGCAAAACUGCUAGUGCUGCUCCUGCAGCUGGUGCCAUGACCAUAACCGGCUACGAGAAUGUGCCUGCAAACAACGAAGAUGCAUUGUUGAAGGCUGUUGCGAACCAGCCGGUUUCUGUUGCCAUUGAUAUUGACGCAGAGGAAUUCAAGUAUUAUUCGGGUGGUGUGUACACUGGACCAUGUGGUACAAACUUAAGCCAUGAAGUGACUGCAGUCGGGUACGGUACUAGUAAUGAUGGGACCAAGUAUUGGCUGCUCAAGAAUUCUUGGGGCAAAGAUUGGGGAGAGGGUGGAUACAUGAGAUUACAAAGAGACGUGCCCGCCAAGGAAGGGUUAUGCGGCAUUGCUAUGGAAGCUACUUAUCCAACCGCAUAA